AUGGCCGCCUCCACCAUGUCUGUCUGCUCUGACGCCUGCACCAACUCCUCCUGGCAGGUGGACGACUGCCCAGAGAGCUGCUGUGAGCCUACCUGCUGUGCCCCCAGCUGCUGUGUCUGCUGUGCCCCAUCCCCCUGCCUGAGCUUCAUCUGCACCCCAGUGAGCUGUGUGUCCAGCCCCUGCUGCCAAUCUUCCUGCACACCCUCAUGCUGCCAACAGUCUAGCUGCCAGCCAGCUUGCUGUACCUGCUCCCCCUGCCAGCCGUCCUGCUGUGUGACUCUUUGCUGCAAGCCCAUCUGCUGCACACCCAUCUGCUCUGGAUCCUCAUGCUGCCAGCAGUCUAGCUGCCAGCCCUCAGGCUGUCAAUCCUCCUGUUGCGUGCCUGUCUGCUGCAAGCCCAUCUGCUGCACACCUAUCUGCUCUGGAUCCUCAUGCUGCCAGCCAUCCUGCUGUGUGCCUGUCUGCUGCAAGCCUGUCUGCUGCACACCCAUCUGCUCUGGAUCCUCCUCAUGCUGCCAGCAGUCUAGCUGCCAGCCCUCAUGCUGUCAAUCUUCCUGCUGUGUGCCUGUCUGCUGCAAGCCUGUCUGCUGCAAGCCUGUCUGCUGCAAGCCCUGCUCCAGCGUGUCCCUGCUCUGCCGCCCUGUGUGCAGACCUGCCUGCUGUGUGCCCACCUCCUCCUGCUGUGCCUCCUCCUGCCAGCCCAGCUGCUGCAAGCCCUGCUCCAGCGUGUCCCUGCUCUGCCGCCCUGCCUGCUCCCGCCAGGCCUGCUGUGGCCUCUCCUCGGGCCAGAAGUCCAGCUGCUGA